CAGACCCGUCAUGGCACAGCGGCUGCUGCUGCUGCUUCCUUCCCUGGCUUUUCUCGCCUUCUUUCACCCGGCCACAGGAGCCAUGGACGUCUGCUACAACUCCCAGGGCCAUGCCCAGCGUUGCAUGCCCAUCUUCGAGAACGCAGCCUUCAGCCGGCAGGCGCAGGCCUCCAACACGUGUGGUUGCCCCCCCGAAACCUACUGCUUGCAGAUGGGCACGCGGGAAUCCAGCACCCUGUGCCACCGUUGCGAUUCGGAUGACCCCCUGGCGCACCACAACGCCUCUUACCUGACCGACUUCCACAGCCAGGAAGAGCCGACUUGGUGGCAAAGCCAGUCCAUGGCAUUUGGGGUUCAGCACCCCACCUCUGUCAACAUUACUCUGCACUUGGGAAUGGGUGACCUGUACCGAUCUCUUGAUCUCUUUGGAUCGCCUUAACACCUUCGGGGAUGACAUCUUCAAAGACCCCAAAGUGCUCCAGUCUUACUAUUACGCCAUCUCAGACUUCUCCGUCGGGGGAAGGUGCAAGUGUAACGGCCAUGCCAGUGAAUGCAUCCCUAAUGAAGAAGACCGACUGGUUUGCCUCUGCCAACACAAUACGACUGGGGUAGACUGCAAUAUGUGCCAGGCAUUCUACCAGGACCGUCCCUGGGCAAGGGGCACCGCUGAGUCAGCCAACGAAUGCCUUCCAUGCAACUGUAGUGGUAGAUCGGACGAAUGCUAUUACGACUGGGAACUCUACCGGCGCACCGGGCAUGGUGGUCACUGUGUGAAUUGCUGGGACAACACUGCCGGACCCCACUGUGAAUACUGCCGGCCAAAUUUUUAUCGUUGGGAUGAUGAAAUGGCGUGUCAGCCCUGCAAUUGCAACCAAGCAGGUUCUUUGAAUCCUCAGUGCGAUGCUGCAGGGAAGUGUGAGUGCAAAGCGACAGUGACAGGCUGGAAGUGCGAGCGAUGCCAGGAAGGCUUCCAUUCCCUGAGUGAAGGAGGGUGCAGGCCUUGUGCUUGUAACUCCGCUGGCAGUCUCGGGGUGUGUGACCCCAAUUCAGGGCACUGCAGGUGCAAGAAGAGAGUGGAAGGGUACCUGUGCAACAGGUUGCAUGAGGCAGAGGAAGCCAUGAAUUUGUCCCUGUCGCCUUUCCAGUUCCAGCGGACGCUUUCCAAUCUGAUGAAGCUUCAGAUCCAAGUUAAAAGUAGACCCAGAUCAGGCAGGAUUGCGCUGAAGGAGGUUCGCCUGGCCUCCGCCUGCCCCGGUUCCUCCCGGGGGGCUCCGUGGGUGGAAGAGUGUCUCUGCCCGCAGGGCUUCCAAGGCCGGUUUUGCCAGUUGUGCGCUCUGGGUUACAAACGGUCGAUCCCUUGGGGGGGGCCGUUUGCAAGUUGCGUGCCUUGUGCCUGCAACCAGCACGGGAGCUGCGACCCCAAUUCUGGCAUCUGCCAAUGUCUUCACAACACCGAAGGGCCCGCUUGUGAGCGAUGUGCUGUGGGGUACUAUGGCAACCCUUUCCUUGGCCAGCCUGAUGACUGCCAACCUUGCCCGUGUCCGGGGCAAGGGCCUUGCGCAACCAUGCUGGACAGCCAAGAAAUUGUCUGCACGCACUGUCCCCCGGGACAGAGAGGUCGCCUCUGUGAAUUAUGCGACGACGGUUUCUUUGGGGACCCCCUGGGGAGGAACGGAAGUCUGCGUCCUUGCAACAGCUGCGAUUGCCGUGGCAACACGGACCCCAACGCAGUGGGCAAUUGUGACACACUCACCGGCCGUUGCCUGCGCUGCUUGUACAACACUGCAGGGGAGCAUUGCGAGCGGUGCCAGGAGGGCUUCUUUGGGGAUCCCUUGGCUGCCAACCCAGCCACCAAGUGCGCACCCUGCAGCUGUAACCCCGAUGGCUCCACUCACGGGCCCAAAACCUGUGAUCCGGUUUCUGGACAGUGCCGCUGCCUUCCCAAUGUAACCGGGCGAGAGUGUACCCAGUGCCUGGAAGGCUAUUUUGACCUACAGCCAGGGGUGGGGUGCAGAAGUUGCCAGUGCCACCCAGUGGGAGCCCAGAGCAACAUCUGCCACCCCGUCACAGGGCAAUGCACCUGCCACCCUGGCGUCACAGGGCUAUCGUGCCAUCGGUGCCAGGACGAGUUCUUUGGAUUCUCUGCCCAGGGCUGCCAAGCCUGCAACUGUUCCCAGAUUGGUUCGGUUUCCCUCCAGUGCCACAGCAACAGCAGUUGUGACUGUAACAAGGGCUUUGUGGGUAGCAAGUGUGACCAGUGUGAUGUGAACUACUUCUUUGACCCGGGAAGUGAGCAAUGCCAGGAGUGUCCCCUCUGCUACGGCCUUGUGAAGGAGGAGGUGCCAAAGCUGCCUUCUUGGAGAAGAUGACGGAUCUGAAGGGCUCGUUGGAGAAUGCCGGCCAUCGGCUGAGCAACGCCAGCAGAACCAUCGCUUGUGACGGUCAGCGGGCUGCCAAAGUGUGCGGGCUCCUUUCCGACGUAUCCUCCACCCUGCGGUCCACCCAGGAGGAGAUCCAGCUGGCCACGGAGGUCCUGGGAAGCCUGGAAUUUUCUUCUGAAAUCUCUUAUCAGUCUACAAACUGGAGCCGCCAGGUGAUCAGAUCCAGCACCUUCGCCCGCAGCCAUGUUGAAAUUGCAUCCUUGGUGGAAGGCCUGGCCAGAAGAGCCAUCCAGGCCUCCCACUCCAGUUAUCGUCUUCUCCAAAACGUUGCAAAUGUCAGCAAGAUGGAAGAGUUCAGGCAAGAGAUGGAAGAGAGUGGUGAGAAAAUCAAUAGGACCCAAAAAACCCUCGUCUUGCAAAUAGAAGAUGCUGAGAAGCUGGUUUCAGGCCAUCAGAGCAACACAACCCUGGCUCAGACGGAUACUUUGGAGCUGACUCUGAUCUUGCAGCGCCCUCUGGUGGAGAAAGCUGGAAAUCUGGUCCAAGAAGCCGAGGAAAUCCAGCAACUGAUUGAAACGAAACAGGGGUUGACAACCAACAAAACCUUGGCAGUAGAAACUGGGUUAAAGGAAAUGCUGCAGAGGAUUCGGCCCUUGGAAGAGCUAUGGCAGAGAACGAACGAUGCACAAGCACUGGCCGAGUCCUCCCUGGCCAACGGAGAGGCCGUGGUGUCCGAAGCGAAGGCUUUGGUGACCACACUGGAUGGAAUAAAGGCCCUGAUGGCAGACCCUAAAGGCCGCGCUGCGGUCAGGAGGAAGCGGGUUGCGGUGCGUGGCCGGACGAUUGUGGAGACCCAGAGGAAGAUCAGGCAGGCCCAGAAAGCCCUGGGGAAUUCCGGGACCGUUUCCGCAAAGGCCUUCGCGGUUGCUCGUGAGGGGGAAUCGGCCGCCAGGAAGAAUGCCCAGGCGGCCGAAGGGGUCCUAAGACGGGCCAAGGAGGAGAGGAAGCAGGCUAGCCGAAUGUCUGCCACGGUUGCUCUCACCGUGGUUACCGAGAUUUCCAGGCAAGAAGACAAGGCCAGAGAACUUCAGGCCCAACUUGGGAAACCUGCGGAGGCUGCAGUGGGCAUGAAGACGCUCGGCCAGAACCUCCAAGCGGCCCAACGAUCCUUGGAGAUGGAUAUUAAGGCCCUCCAGCAUCUGCUCUCCAAACUAGGAAACCUGGAUGGGUCCGCAGCUGUGCUCCGUGCGAGCCAGGUCCAGCUGGCAAGCUUGAGGCUGCGUCUGGCGGGACCUGGAGCCCUGAAUGAGACCCUGGGCAUCUUGGUACAGGAAGCCGAGGAGCAGAAGGCAUCGCUGGAAGCCUUCGAAGAAGAUCUGGCGGAGAUCCAGAGUGACAAGGGGAACCUAGAGGCCAUUCUUCAGAGCUUGCCCAGCGGCUGUUAGAGGUGAAAGGGGGCCUGAAGACUGGAAGUGAUGGAAUCAAUGUAGACCCCCCCCCCUUUUUAAAAAAGGAAAGGAAGUAUUCCCAGAAUGCAACUGGCCAGAGGAGGCAGACUGAGCCAUCUUUGUCAGAGACAGAGAAUCGCUUGAGAAAACUAUCUGGUGUUCUGGGCUGCCGAACCAACCUUAAAGAUUCAACCCCAAAAUGGAGACCUCCCAAAUUCAUGGCAGUCCUGAGGACUAGAAACCUGAAACAGCCACUUUGCAAGUCUUGGGGGAAACUGUGCAUUGUGCCUUUUUGGUCCCAGGAGUUUUGGACCCUGGAGGGGGUGGGUGGGGAAACAAAAUCCAAGAGAUUUGAACCCUGAUCCUGAAAAAUGAAAAUUGGCUGCCAGGAUGGGGAAUAAAUCCAGUAUAAGGAUAUAGAAUUUGCUUGUUUCCGGUUCUUCGGAAGCUAGAGAAAUUUUCAUUUCCUUUUAAAGGCAAGCUUUAAAAACCAACAAAAGCCGCCUCUUAGCUGUGCCGUUGGAUAGACCAGGGAUGUGUUGCUGCCGGCGUUACUGCCGGUUCG